UUUCAGAGGGAAUGCAUUUCAGUACACAUUGGCCAAGCAGGAGUGCAGAUGGGAGAUAUGUGUUGGGAGCUCUAUUGCCUAGAACACGGUGUGACGCCUAAUGGCACCAUGAAGAUUACAGACAGUCAGUCGAAUUCAAAUAACUGCCACAAUUCGUUCUUCUCUGAAAAUGAAGCCGGGAGGCACAGUCCGAGAGCCAUCAUGUUGGAUUUAGAACCUACGGUCAUAGACCAGGUGCGCAGUGGACAGUACAGGGAGCUGUACCACCCAGAGCAGCUGAUAUCCGGCAAGGAGGACGCAGCCAACAACUACGCCCGCGGCCACUACACAGUGGGCGCCGAGUUGAUCGACGCCGUGAUGGACCGCGUGCGCAAACUCUCGGAGCGCUGCGACGGGCUGCAGGGUUACAUCGUGUCGCAUUCGCUGGGCGGCGGCACCGGCUCUGGCUUCACGUCGUUGCUCAUGCAGCGGCUCGCCGACUCCUUCCGCAAGAAGACCAAGCUCGAAUUCGUCGUCUACCCAGCCCCGCAGGUAUCUACUGCUGUCGUUGAGCCAUACAACUCAAUCCUGAUGACACACAGCAACAUGGAAUAUUCAGAUUGUUCCUUCAUGGUAGAUAAUGAAGCUAUCUAUGACAUCUGUCGACAGAAAUUGGACAUAGACAGACCAACAUAUAAAAAUUUAAAUCGUCUCAUCAGUCAAGUGGUGUCUUCAGUAACAGCUUCUCUACGCUUUGAUGGUGCACUUAACGUUGACCUAAAUGAAUUCCAGACCAACCUGGUGCCAUAUCCACGUAUCCACUUUCCACUAACAGCAUAUGCACCUGUACUGUGUACUCGUAAGUCAUUCCAUGGUGGAAUGACAGUUCCUGAGAUAACUGCAGAGUGUUUUGAGCCUGACAACCAGAUGGUUAAAUGCAAUCCUCACAAUGGAAAAUACAUGGCAUGCUGCUUGCUCUAUAGAGGGGAUGUUGUACCCAAGGAUGUGAAUGCUUCUAUUGAAAUGCUCAAAUCAAGGACUGGUAUUCAGUUUGUUAAAUGGAGCCCAACUGGAUUCAAGAUUGGCAUCAACUAUCAGCCUCCAACAGCAGUGCCAGGAGCUGAUCUUGCACAAGUCCAAAGAGCUGUUUCUCUACUAAGUAACACAACUGCUAUAGCAGAAGCUUGGGCAAAGUUGAAUCACAAAUUUGACUUGAUGUACAACAGACGUGCUUUUGUUCACUGGUAUGUUGCAGAAGGAAUGGAAGAGGGUGAAUUUGGUGAAGCUCGUGAAGAUCUAGCAGCACUUGAAAGGGAUUAUGCAGAAGUAGCUAAUGAUUCAUCUGAUAAUAUGUUAGAAGAAUUUUAG